AUGGGAAGCGUUAGAGAGAGUAGAACACGAGAUUGCAGGAACCUUGGUCAAAGUCGGGACAUUCCAGAGGGGACUCCUUCAGCCAACGCUCACGUCAAGACCUGCCCGGGAAGGAACGGCUUCCUCAUGCCAGCCAAGAAGGUCAGGGAUUGUGUGGCGCUAGGGGACAAUGACUUUGCCUGUGGUGAGCACCGUUCCUCCCCGGGAUACGCGGUACUCCCGCAGCCCCAGUCCCCCGGGGCUCCUGGUGCCCACGGAACCCAAAUCCAAGCGGCGCCGUUCCGGACCCCGGACCAGAGAGACAAAUGGGGCAAGAAAAUGGACUUCCUGCUGUCAGUCAUUGGGUUUGCGGUGGAUCUGGGCAAUGUCUGGCGCUUCCCUUACAUCUGUUAUCAAAACGGUGGUGGUGCUUUUCUUAUCCCCUACACAUUAAUGGCAAUGUUUGGGGGAAUUCCUCUGUUCUACAUGGAGUUGGCCUUGGGACAAUACCAGAGGACUGGCGUCAUUCCAGUUUGGAAGAGGAUAUGUCCAAUAUUUAAAGGGAUUGGAUAUGCAAUCUGUGUCAUAUCAUUGUAUGUUGCUUUUUACUACAAUACCAUCAUAUCCUGGGCUCUCUACUACUUCUACUGUUCAUUCACGGCCACUUUGCCCUGGACAAACUGUGACAAUCCUUGGAAUACACCCAACUGCACCAACUACUUUGGCAAGAAUAAUGUCACUUGGAAUAACUUCUCCAGAUCUCCAGCUGAAGAGUUUUUCAUACGGAAUGUUCUGGAGAUUCAUAAAUCCAAGGGGCUGCAUUGUGUGGGUGUGAUCCGCUGGCAACUUCUCUUAUGUCUCUUUGUCAUAUUUACCAUUGUUUACUUCAGCCUCUGGAAGGGAGUGAAAACAUCUGGCAAGAUAGUCUGGGUAACUGCCACUCUGCCAUAUCUGGUGCUUUUCAUCCUUUUGAUAAGAGGAGCCACAUUACCUGGUGCAUGGCGAGGCGUGGUCUUUUACCUCAAACCAAACUUUAAGAAGUUGUUGGACACAGAUGUGUGGGUGGAUGCAGCUACACAGAUUUUCUUCUCUAUGGGUCCUGGAUUUGGAGUGAUUAUGGCUUUAGCAAGUUACAACCAAUUCAAUAAUAACUGUUACCGAGAUGCAAUUGUUACCAGUUUAGUGAACUGCCUGACGAGCUUCCUGUCAGGCUUUGUAAUUUUCACAGUACUGGGAUACAUGGCUGAGAUGCGCAACGUUGAUGUGGAAGAAGUGGCAAAAGACAAAGGUUCCGGCCUCCUGUUUAUAACGUAUCCAGAGGCCAUCGCUAACAUGGAUGGCUCCCCCUUCUGGGCAAUCCUUUUUUUUCUCAUGGUGAUAACUCUAGGCCUGGAUAGUACAUAUGGCGGUCUGGAGUCGAUCAUUACAGCUGUGAUAGAUGAAUAUCCUCAUCUGUUUGCUAAAAGAAGGGAACUAUUCGUGUUGGGAUUGGUUGUUGUGUGUUUUAUGGGCUCUCUCAGCACUCUUACAAAUGGAGGGGCAUAUGUUGUCAAACUGAUGGAAGACUUUGGAUCAGGUUCCUGUCUUAUCGCUGUGGUAUUAUUAGAAUCCAUUGCAGUGUCUUGGUUUUAUGGUGUCCAACGAUUCUGCAGUGAUAUCCAGACAAUGUUGGGUCUCUCACCAGGACUGUUUUGGAGGGUUUGUUGGGUGGGGAUCAGUCCUGCCUUCUUAGCUUUUAUUACAGUGAGCUCACUUGUGUAUCAGCCCCCGCUCAGUCUAUUUGGUUACGAUUAUCCAGACUGGACUAUAACAGUUGGAUACCUGAUUGGAGCUUCAUCUUUCAUAUGGAUUCCAAUAUACAUGAUGUACAAAUUGGUAUGGACGCCUGGAUCGCUUAAACAGCGCCUGGCAGUCUGCAUUCGGCCAGAGAAGACAAUCAGAGACCAGAAGCCUGAUUCACUCUGCAUGAAUACUAUCCCUUAAUUCCUUGUACAUAUUGCA